GGCCGCGCGUAUAAUACAAAAGGGAAAGAGCGAUGCUGGCCAGCGCUGACUACGUUGAGGUCAGUGAGAGCGAGUGGAAGGCCCUGCUGCCUUCCUACGGCCACGCAGCACAUGUCAUGGUCUACUCCACCUGGCCUGGCAGGUUCAUGGAUAAAUACGAGCACAAGUUCGCUGUUUCGAUGCAGCUCAGAUUUGAUGGGACUCUGGGUUUCCCAGGAGGCAUGGUGGAUAGUGGCGAGACUCCGGAGACAGCCGCAGGAAGAGAGCUUGCAGAGGUCUACUAUAGCUACUAGCUGCUGCACAUCCUGAAGACCCUCAGUUCACUGCCUCACUGCAGGAGACUGGCUGCCAUGAUAUAGAUGUGACACCCAGCAAUCAUGUGGUCACACAUGUCUCUAAGAAAACCCAACUCUGUCUCCACUUGUUUGCGAAGAAGGUUAGUCUGGAACAACUGCAUUCCAUUGAAAUAUCCAUGACAACUUCGUCAUCAUGGGGAGACGAGGUUCUGGGAGUUGUAAGAGUUCCUCUGUACACUCUGCCAAACGGACUGGGUCUGCCUGCCUUCCUCAGACACCAGUUCAUUGGUACCAGUC